AUGCGCGCCAACGAGCCCACCAACAAGAUCUUCUACAAGGGCAGAUCCGACGACUUCAUCGUCUUUGUCGAGGACGCCGCUACACUGAAGAACUGGAAGAACGACUCCUCAAUCCCCCUCUCCGACGUCAUUAACGGGUGGAAGAUCUUCGUCACUCACAAACACGGCUCCCAAGGAGUCCUCGACGGCGCUAGCAAAGCCAGCCUUGAGAACGAAUUCGGCACUCACAAUGACGAGGAGUGCGUGAAGAAGAUCCUCGAGGGUGGGGAGCUGCAAGGGUAUACUCAACGAGAACGAGGCGGUGAUACCAACGUCCAGAACGGACCCCGUGGUGCUGGUGUUUAA